CGCAAAUUUCAAAUUUCGAAUCCAGCUGACAUCUGUCAAGUGCAGUUUUAAAAGUAUUUCUUUUGUUUGCUAUACAGGCAAAGGUAUUCAAAUAAUGACAUAACGGUUAAAAUUAUGUACCCAACGGAUAAUUUGAAAAAUGGACAAUUGAAAUUUGUGCAAAAAUUAGACCACAACAUUAUGUUGAAGACUAUACAGAAUUUGUGCUACAAUAAAAAUACGAAUUUUAACAUGACCUCGCCGUUUUUAGUUGAUAACAUUCUCCAUCAGCAGAAGAAUGAUUUCCAGAACCAGUACCUGAAUCAGCAGCUGGAGAAUUACGUCAUCCGUCAGAACUAUUCCAGGGAGAAUUCACCAGAAGUAGACGAGACUAAACUGGCCGAAACCGAAGACGAGAACCAAUGCGUCGAAGAAUCUAAGAUCGAGGACGAAGAUUCCAAAAGCCGCGACGAUGACUUCACACCAGUUAAAAACGAAAGUUAUUUUAACAAUGAUUUCUAUAAUCAAGAAGGUAGAAGUGAUAAAGACGUUCUUAAUAUACCGAAUUUGGUGAGGAGGUGUCAAAUUUGUGGCUUGGACUGUCCUCCGUUCGCCUGCAGGAAGUCCGGGAUACGAAGGUUAGAAGAACUCGAGAAGAGGUUCAAUUUGGGAGGGUACCAGGAGAACUCUGGCGAUGAGGCGGAGAAGGAGGGAAAGACGUUCAACACGGACGAAAUGGUUAGGAAUUGUGAGGAUUUUAAUGAGCAAAAGAAGCCUCUUUUGAAGUUCAGCGUCAGCGCCAUUUUGGGAGAUCGAGAAGACAGUAUCGGGAAAAACACUAAUAUUGGAGAAUACCGUCAGCCCAUGAUGGGGAACCCGUGGCCGAUCGCCAAGCCGAUCGCGAGCAGGCCGAUACCAGUACAGCAUCAGCACCUACAGCAUCUUCUGGCGCAUUGCCACCACCCUUACUUGGCUGUGAGGCCAGCACAAGCACACACUCAAGUCUUCCCUCUACCGGGAGGGUUCCCGUGGGCUCACAGCUCCAGAGGUAAGCCACGACGCGGCAUGAUGCGGCGCGCUGUCUUCUCAGACCUGCAGCGCAAGGGUCUGGAGAAGCGGUUCCAAGUCCAGAAGUAUAUCUCCAAGCCCGACAGGAAGAAGCUGGCUGAAAAACUUGGAUUGAAGGAUAGUCAGGUGAAAAUUUGGUUUCAAAAUCGGCGCAUGAAAUGGCGGAAUUCGAAAGAACGUGAACUUCUAGCUUCAGGAGGAUCCAGAGAGCAGACACUGCCUAACAAAAACAAUCCACACCCCGAUCUAUCCGAUGCAGAAGCUGAUAAACAGAAACUUUCUCCACUCUCACCCAUUAAUGAUGAGCAGAAUGAAGAAAAAUCCAAGAUCUAUCCAACUACGUCUGAUUUUAGAGGUUAUGAAGACAAAAUGGCGGUUGGACUAUAUGCGCGGGAAUUUAAUGAAGAUGGCGAUGACUUUGACAGCGACGCCAGCGCCUCUGACGAAGAAAUUAAUGUAACUUGA